UCUGCACAGUAAGGCUACACAUUGCUUGCACAGCAUCGACUGGGUUUGGGACUUUUUUUCCAUCCAACACUCCCAGUUAAUCGAUUCCACGUCGGGUUUGAAAAUCAUAAAAGUUUGGGAAGAGACUAACCUCAAAUGUCUUUGAAAGCAGUUGACCAGAUGAAGCAAACACGGUGAGACUCAGACAUGGGGAAAAACUUUCUCACGGAUAUGGGAUACAGAGAGUCUGCGUGUAAGUAGUUAACUUCUUAUACCUGUUAGUACAACCAAAACUUAAAGACACUGAACGCUGUCCAGAUGUAUUUUACUGCAAAAUGCUACACUGAAUCGUAUGUUUUUCUUCGUUGCGUCUCUCUCGUUUGGAAAAAAACAUAGUACUGAAUGACCUCCUUUUUAUGGAGAUCCUGCCAGUGCCUAAAUCGUCAGGACAAAUUAAGAACAAUCUGAGAGAAAACGUGUUUCCCUUUUGUGGUUCGCCUAAGAAUAGUUAGAGCUGUCGCCAUGAGUUUGGUUGGUGGGUUUCCUCACCAUCCGGUGAUGCAUCACGACAGCUACUCCUUUGCCGCUGCUGCGGCCGCUAGUCGCUGUCAUGAAGAGAAUCCUUAUUUUCACGGGUGGCUAAUCGGCCAUCCAGAGAUGUCUCCUCCCGACUACAGCAUGGCACCCUCUUACAGUCCCGAAUACUCGACCGGAGCUCCGGGGCUCGACCACUCGCACUACGGAGGAGUCCCGGGAGCUGGUGCCGUUGGAAUGGGACCUCGGACAGUGAAAAGGAGACCUACGGCGAACCGAAAAGAGAGGCGCAGGACUCAAAGCAUCAACAGCGCCUUCGCAGAACUCAGGGAAUGCAUUCCCAACGUGCCCGCGGACACGAAGCUGUCCAAAAUCAAAACGCUCCGUUUGGCCACCAGCUAUAUCGCAUACCUCAUGGACAUUCUCGACAAGGACGAACAACACGGGGAAACCGAGGCCUUUAAAGCGGAAUUCAAAAAGACAGACGCUAAAGAGGAACGGCGAAAGAAAGAGAUGAGCGAAGUUUUGAAAAGUUCAGGGAGCAGCAAUGACAAGAAAACCAAAGGAAGAACUGGUUGGCCGCAACAUGUCUGGGCUCUGGAACUGAAACAGUGAAAACUAUCCUCGAAAAGACUUGAAAUGAAGCCCUCUAAACUUCUUCUGAAUUGUACUCUCACUUUAUUUAACGGAAUAUUUAUGUGCAAUUUCCCGCAACGGAAAAGUGGAUAUUUGAAGAAAAGCCAUUCCAUUUUUUUAGAGGAAGAGGCCCUGUUGGUAAGGGAUUGUGUGUGUUGUCUAAUACGUGGUGAA